CCCUUUAUAAUUGCUUGAUCUUUCCCUCUCUCACUUAGUCAAAUAUCAUUCCCUUAGUUUCCUGGAAACUUCCUCCUCUGCAGUAAAGAAAAGAAGAAGAAGAGUAUCACAUACACUAACCAUUGAUGGCCUCUUUCAACCAGCAAAGAUCUGUUCCUAAGUUCAAGUCAGCAACACCGUCUCCACUUCCUCUCUCUUCCUACUUCCCUAUGCCUCCUGGUCUUACUCAAGCCGACCUUCUUGACUCUCCUCUUCUCUUCACUUCCUCUAACGUUUUGCCAUCUCCAACGACAGGCACGUUUCCUUUGGAAUCUCUGAACUGGAAGAACAACGGUUUGCUUACCAACCGGAAUGAAAUCAAAGCUGAAGAUGGGAAGGAGGAGCACCUUGAUUUUGCCUUCACUACCAACAAGACAUCUCCUCCUCCCUUCCUAUCUCAUUUUCAGACAGGAGAUCAGCCUUCAACCCAAGUGGAUGUACCCAAAUUUGAGUCAUCAGGUAACAAAACCUCUGAAGAUGGAUACAACUGGCGAAAAUACGGACAGAAGCAAGUCAAAGGAAGCGAAAACCCUAGGAGUUACUUCAGAUGCACGUAUCCAAACUGCGUCACAAAGAAGAAAGUAGAGACUUCUCUUGUGAAGGGUCAUGUCACUGAGAUUGUCUAUAAAGGAAGCCACAAUCAUCCCAAACCUCAGUUCAGUAAGAGGUCAGCUUCCACUGCAGCAACAAAUGACGUCAGUUCUCAUCAGAGUGGUGGUGAAGAUAACGUAGAUGCCAAAAGAGGGGAAAGACAAGAGGCUGUGAAGGAGCCAAGAGUGGUGGUUCAGACAACAAGUGAAAUAGACAUUCUUGACGAUGGUUAUAGAUGGAGAAAGUAUGGUCAGAAAGUCGUUAAAGGCAAUCCAAAUCCAAGGAGCUAUUACAAGUGCACAUUCACAGGAUGUUGCGUAAGGAAGCAAGUGGAGAGAGCAUUCCAUGACGCAAAGUCAGUGAUCACCACUUACGAAGGAAAGCAUAACCACCAAAUCCCAAACCCAAAGAAGACGUCACACCUCAACAUGAUCUCAGACUGUGUCAGCUUUUAGUUUUUCAGAACGUUAUGUAACAAAUGAUGUAAUAAACAUAGAAAAGGCACAUGCUAUUAGCUGACAUUUUGAAGUAAAAGCAAAUCCAUUCACU